GGCUACCCGGAGCUGCCGGGCGCGUCCCUGUGGGCACCGGUGGAUGCGUGCGGGGCCGCUCGAGCGCGGCGGGUCUCUGCGGGAGCCGCGCCCUGCGCGCUCUCGCCCGCGGAGAUGGUCGCAGGCCCUACGGUAGCUUUCAGUGUGUAUUUUGUGUAACCCUGAGUGACUGGAUGUUGCUGAUGGGAUAGCCCCACCUUUUGGUUGGUCCUUCACUGAAAUUAUACUUACGACCAAAGAGUUUUUCUGGAAGUUAUACCGCAUCCUGUGUGUUGCCCUGCCACUGUCCAAAGCUUAACUGUCCAAUAUCCUGUGCUAAGCAUCAAGAAGAUUAUGAACUAUCCAGUGUGUGUCCUGGAUACAUGGGUGAUUCAGCAUGGUUUCCAUUUGGAAAUGCAGUAACCAUAGAAAGACUGCAAGUAGUGGAGAGGAGGGAGCACCCAAACAUCCUUCCUUUCUUUUGCAACAGCUGCAGAGGCAGCAGUCCUGCAAAUGUCACCCUAAAACAUUUAUUAUAUUACAAGGCACAUAAAAACUUCCACUACAUCCUUUAUAAGACUUAAAAUUACUGAGAAGCAGAGUGCCCAGGCAUUGCAUACUGGAGAAUUUCAACAUACUGUUCACCUGAAGGGUGCGUGGACAAAGCUAAGACACCUGUUAACUUGAGUCAAGCUGGAAUUCUUGUGAAAAGUUAAGCAUUUUCUUCCUGGCUGCUGGGAGAAUAUUCUGCUUUCAGGUUGUCAGAGAUGGUGAUUUGAAGAAUUGUAUUUCCGAUAUGAACAAAGCAAAAGCAUCAUCUGAAAAAAGUGUUUCUGCCAGUUCUCGGACUGUAUCCCUGCUGUCACAGCUGGAGAAGAUAAAUUUGGACUCUGUAUUAGGAGAAUCAGACAAUGCCAGAUAUGUUACCUCAAGGAUCCUUCAUCUGGUCCAGAGUCAAGAAAAAACCAGGAAGGAGAUGACUUCUAAGGGCUCCACUGGAAUAGAAGUUAUCCUGUCAACCCUAGAGAAUACAAGAGAUCCUCAAACUAUUCUAAAUAUAUUGAAUAUUCUCAUUGAGAUAGUCUCAGUUGGUGGUGGUCGGAGAGCAAGUGUCUUAGUCAGCAAAGGAGGGACACAAAUCUUGUUACAGCUGCUUUUGACUGCCAGCAAAGACUCUCCACCAAAUGAAGAACUAAUGGUGCUUCUUCAUACUCUUCUUGCAAAAAUUGGUCCAAAAGACAAGAAGAUUGGCAUGAAAGCAAGAAUAAAUGGUGUCCUAAACAUACCAUUGAAUUUAGUGAAGCAUAAUUUGCAGAACCACAGGCUAGUAUUGCCAUGUCUUCAAGUAUUAAGAGUUUAUUCAACCAACUCUGUAAAUGCAGUAUCUCUGGGAAAGAAUGGAGUAGUAGAACUGAUGUUUAAGAUUAUUGGCCCUUUUAGUAAAAGGAACACUAGCCUUAUGAAGGUUGCUUUAGACACACUUGCUGCAUUGCUAAAAUCAAAAACAAAUGCCAGGAGAGCUGUAGACAGAGGAUAUGUGCAGGUGCUUAUAACGAUUUAUGUUGAUUGGCACCAUCACGAUAGUCGACACAGAUAUAUGCUGAUACGUAAAGGAGUGUUACAGUGCAUUAAAAGUGUUACAAAUAUCAAACUGGGAAGAAAAGCAUUUCUUGAUGCCAAUGGGAUGAAAAUUCUUUACAACACUUCACAGGAGUGCCUUGCAGUAAGAACUCUUGAUCCUCUCGUCAAUACAUCCAGCCUAAUAAUGAGAAAAUGUUUUCCCAAAAAUCGUCUUCCUUUACCAACUAUUAAAAGUGCUUUCCAUUUCCAACUCCCAGUUAUUCCUGCCAGUGGUCCUGUGGCUCAGCUGUACAAUUUGCCUCCUGAUGUGGAUGAUGUGGUGGAUGAAAGUGAUGAUAACGAUGAUGCUGAAACAGAAUCAGAAAUUGAAACUGAAAUUGAUGAUGACAACGACCAAUAUUUUAAGAAUGAUGAUAUUGAGAGUGAUAUUAAUAAACUGAAACCUAGACAGGAAUUGGGAAGACCCAUAGAAGAACUGAAAAUGUAUGAGCGAUUUUUCCCAGAACUUUCAGAAAACUUUCAGGAAUGGGACUUAGUUUCCAAGGAACCAAAGCCUUCUGUACCUGAUGCAAAUUUGAGUGGACCUAUUGUUGUUCCUACAGCCAGUGAGGAGCACUCUGCUGAAGCAAACCCAUCAACAAAAGGAGUUGCUUUAAAGGAGUGCAGUCCUUUAUUGACAGAGGACUACAAUAGAAGGCCAGUGUUUCUGGAACUACCAAAGAAAGAUAACAUGAAAGGCAGUAGUUUACAUCAGCAAAAUGAUCAAAGAAACAUGCUUCCAUCAUGCCAGUGUCUAAGCCAAGAAAUUGUGAAAGGCUUGGACAAAAUCAGUCUCCAGAACAGUGCAAAAAAUGAUCAACAUUAUGGUACAGGGUGUGUAGUAAAGAAAGAGAACAAAGCUAGCGUUGCCACACUUGCUUGCAGUAAACCCUGUGAGCAUGUUUCACCCUGUGGAGGUAGUCUCUUUGAAGGAUCAUCUGUCCAGCUGGGAAAACUCUGCUGCACAGGAGUGGAUUCAGAGGAGGAGGAGGAUUCCAGAUCUAGUUCAUCAGGAGAACAUGCUAUGUUUCAAGUUUGUGACGUAUCACCAGUUCAUGACUGUGAUCUUUAUCUUGAAAUGGUGAAGAACACAAAGUCUAUUCCAGAAUACUCAGAAGUGGCCUAUCCAGAUUAUUUUGGCCAUAUUCCACCCUCAUUUAAGGAACCUAUUCUGGAAAGGCGAUAUGGGGUACAGAGGACGAAAAUCUGUCAAGAUAUUGAAAGGUUGAUUUAUCAAAAUGACAUUAUAGAUAGAGUUGUAUAUGACCUUGAUAAUCUGAGUUGUUCUGUACCAGAGGAGGCAGAUGUUUUGAAGUUUAAUUCCAAAUUUGAAUCUGGAAACCUGCGCAAAGUUAUUCAGAUCAGAAAAAAUGAGUAUGAUCUAAUUCUGAACUCAGAUAUAAAUAGCAAUCAUUAUCAUCAGUGGUUCUACUUUGAAGUCAGUGGAAUGAAAAUUGGCAUUGGUUACCGGUUUAACAUCAUCAACUGUGAAAAGUCAAACAGUCAGUUCAACUACGGCAUGCAGCCCCUCAUGUAUUCUGUUCAGGAAGCGAUACGGUCUCGACCGUGUUGGACUCGUGUUGGGACAGAUAUUUGUUACUACAAGAAUCACUUUUCAAGAAGUUCAAUUGCUGCUGGGGGCCAGAAAGGAAAAUCCUAUUACACAAUUACAUUCACAGUGACUUUCCAACACAAAGAUGAUGUGUGCUACUUUGCAUACCAUUAUCCAUAUACAUACUCAACUUUAAAGAUGCAUCUUAGGAAGCUGGAAUCUAUGCACAACCCUCAACAGAUAUAUUUUCGGCAUGACGUUCUCUGUGAGACCCUGGCUGGCAACACCUGUCCGUUAGUGACUAUUACAGCCAUGCCAGAGUCCAAUUACUAUGAACACAUCUGUCAGUUCAGGAAUCGUCCUUAUAUAUUCCUGUCUGCCCGUGUGCAUCCUGGAGAGACUAAUGCAAGCUGGGUUAUGAAGGGAACACUGGAAUACCUUAUGAGCAAUACUCCAAAUGCGCAGUCUUUACGGGAAUCUUAUAUUUUCAAAAUUAUUCCCAUGCUCAAUCCAGAUGGUGUCAUCAAUGGAAACCACCGUUGCUCUUUAAGUGGAGAAGAUUUAAACAGACAGUGGCAAAAUCCAAAUCCAGAUCUGCAUCCCACUAUUUACCAUGCUAAAGGGUUACUGCAAUAUCUGGCUGCUAUAAAACGUUUGCCUUUGGUCUACUGUGAUUAUCAUGGUCAUUCUCGUAAAAAGAAUGUAUUUAUGUAUGGCUGCAGCAUCAAAGAGACAAUGUGGCAUACUAAUGUUAAUGCUGCCUCUUGUGACCUGAUGGAAGACCCUGCUUACAGGGCACUCCCCAAGAUCCUGAGUCAGACUGCCCCCGCAUUCUGCAUGGGCAGCUGCAGCUUUGUAGUGGAAAAGUCCAAGGAAUCUACAGCACGAGUUGUUGUCUGGAGAGAGAUAGGAGUACAAAGGAGCUACACAAUGGAAAGCACAUUAUGUGGAUGUGACCAGGGCAAGUAUAAAGGAUUGCAGAUAGGUACAAGAGAACUGGAGGAAAUGGGAGCAAAGUUCUGUGUUGGCUUGCUGCGUUUAAAAAGAAUGUCCUCACCUUUGGAAUACAACCUGCCUUCUAGUCUGUUGGAUUUUGAAAACGAGCUGAUUGAAUCAAGCUGUAAAGUGACAAGCCCCACUACAUAUGUUUUGGAUGAAGAUGAACCUCGCUUCCUUGAAGAAGUUGAUUACAGCGCAGAGAGUAAUGAUGAAGACGUUGAAUUAGCUGAUAAUGCAGGUGAUUAUGAGGCAACUAAUCAAGAUGAUGGACUUUCAGACCAAGAUUCAACAAGGAUACUCCUUUCUUGAACCAGCUUUGCUGCCAGUAACAGAAAAUAAAGUAUCCUGAAUUUCCAGUCACAUACUUCCUUGCUGUUUUCUACAAAGGGGAUAAGCUUCAGUUAAGACAAAUAACUGGGGCCUGCAUAGCUCAAGGACAGUAAAUAUUUCUGAUAAAUUUGCAUUUGUUUUGUUUAAGGAAUUCUGUGUAUUCUUUAAGCCCUAAAUAGAUAAAUUUGUUUACCAUUUUAUUUUCUACUAAAUAGUACUGCAUGGCAUUUUGUGUUUUUAAACCCUAUCUUCAGAGAAAUGGAUUAUAAUUUUUAGUGUGUCAGAGUACAGAAAAUAAUUUUUUGUGGUACAGUUCUUUGAGUUGCUUCCUGAAAAAUACAUAUGUACAGAUUUUCUAAAUUAAUUUGUGUAUGUCUGUGUAUAUGCGCGUGUGUAUACUGAGGUGAAGAGGUUAUUUUUCGACAUUAUUUCAAUGAUACUUGAUUGUGUUGAAGCAAUGUAGUGCCUGCUCUGAAACACUUCAAUUACUAAAUUAAAAAUAAGAACAUGAUGUA